GGACCACAGCAGCAUGAACACACACACACACACACUCACACACCCAUGUCAGUGAAACUACUGGAGGCGCAUAAGACACACAGGAAGCAAAUCAGCGAUUAAAAAAAGGAAACUCGCUUAAGAAAAUAUCAUGCACCAACCUUACUAAGAAUAGUAGCAUUUCAAAAGGAUCUAUUUCUUUCUAUAAUCUGGUGCUGGAAGAAUAACCUUUGAGCAGGGGGUGGAGAUGGAGAAGUCGGAGAUGUUUGGCAUCUCUUUGGAGACAGACAACAGGACGAUGGAGGAGAAAGCUCGGCACAGAGCGGCGCAUAAGGGCGGUUUAGACAAUGAGCCGCCCAAGGCUCCAAUGGACACUGAUUACCAGGAAGAGAUGGAGAUCCCCAAGCCUAAAAUCAGAAUGAAUGCCAACUUUGACAAAGAGAUUCAAGGAUUGGAUCCCAGUGGAAGCACAGACAACAGGUUUGGUAUCGACAGGCUGUUUGAAGCGGUGGCCAGUAGGGACGUCCAAAAGCUGGACGGCCUGCAUCGGUACCUGCAUCAGAACAGGAUGAAACUGUCCAACUCUCUGUAUCAGUCUCACGGUAAAACGGCCCUCAUGAAGGCUCUGCUGCACCUCAUGGAUGGCAAAAAUGAGACGGUGGAGCUUUUGAUCGACAUUUCAGAGAAGAUGAAAGACAUUAAUGAGUUUGUAAAUGCGGCCUACACCAACAUCUACUACAAAGGUCAGACAGCUCUUCAUAUAGCCAUUGAGAGGAGGAGUCUCUCCUAUGUGGAGCUGCUGCUCAGUAAAGGAGCAGACGUCCACGCCAAAGCCUGCGGAACUUUCUUCCAGCCACACGAUGGCCCCAACUUCUACUUUGGUGAGCUGCCUCUGUCUCUGGCAGCCUGCACCAACCAGCCCGACGUGGUGGACUUCCUCACGAAGAGCGAGUACCAACGCGCUAAUGCUGAGCUAACUGACUCUCAUGGAAACACUGUGCUGCACGCCCUGGUGGUGGUGGCUGACAACUCUGCCGAUAACACAGAGUUUGUUACCAAAAUGUAUGACCGCAUCCUCAAGACCAAUGCCGAACUUCACCCCAAGUCGAAGCUGGAGGACAUCGAGAACAACAAUCGGCUGACGCCUCUCAAAAUGGCUGCCAAGACUGGCAAGAUCGGGAUUUUUUCCCACAUCCUAAAACGGGAAUUCCAAGAGAAUAAAGACAAACAUCUGUCCCGUAAGUUCACAGAGUGGGUUUACGGGCCCGUCCAGAGCUCCUUGUACGACCUGGCCUCGUUGGACUCGUACCAGGAGAACUCAGUCUUGGAUAUUCUGGUGUACGGCAGUGACAUUCCUAACCGCCACGAGAUGCUCCAGAUGGAGCCUCUGUGCCAUCUGCUGGAAGAGAAGUGGAAGAAGUUUGCUGGUCGAAUGUUUUUCCUCAACCUCCUGGUCUACAUCCUGUACCUGAUCAACUUCACCCUUGUGGCCUACAACAAGAAAUUUGGGCCGCUGCCGUUUCCCAUCGAAGACACCACUCUGGGUUACCUGUAUGUUUCAGGCCAGCUAGUGACAGCGCUGGCAAACUGCUAUUUCUUUGUCAUAGGGGUCAUGGACAUGUAUAGGAAACGGCCGAAGCUGCAGACGUUGCUGAUUGAUGGAUAUUAUGAGAUUCUUUUUUUAUUUCAGGGCCUCCUGUUCCUGUUCACAGCCGGGCUGUAUCUGUUGGGGAUGGAGCAGUACCUCAGCGUAAUGGUGGUGUGUCUCGCUCUCAGCUGGGUCAACAUCCUCUACUUCUCCAGAGGCGACAGACACAUGGGCAUCUACAGCAUCAUGAUACAGAAGAUGAUCCUCUGUGAUAUCCUGCGCUUCCUCCUUGUCUACAUUGUCUUCCUCUUUGGAUUUUCAGCAGCGGUGAUCAGUCUGCUCAUAGAGCCUGCGAAUAACACCACUGCGGUUGAGAAGCCGGGAAAGGGGCGUUUGUAUAUUACAGUUGCUCCUGAGGAUUGUGUAAAGCCCUCCUACAGUAGCAUCGCCUUCACCAUCCUGCAGCUCUUCAAGUUCACAAUCGGCAUGGGGGACAUGGAAUUCAUCCAGGAACACAAGAGCAGAGAGGUCUUCUAUGUGCUCCUUAUCGGGUACAUCAUACUCACCUACAUCCUGUUGCUCAACAUGCUCAUCGCCCUCAUGAACUGCACCGUGGAGAAGACCACCAAGGAGAGCACCAGCAUCUGGAAGCUACAGAGGGCCAUCACCAUCCUGGACAUGGAGAAAAGGCUGUCUAGCUGUCUGAGGAAGAGGUUUCGCUGUGGGGUGGAGAAGAACCUCAGGACUACUCUUGGAGACGACCGUCGCCGGUGUUUCAGAGUGGAGGAAGUCAACUGGAACAAAUGGAACAGCAACCUGGGCAAAAUCAAUGAGGAUCCGGGGUGCUGGGAUCGCGCCCAGCAGCCUGCAGCGCACACCCCGCCCAACAGAGGGAGGAGCUGGAGAGGCUUUUUCACAGAGGGCAGUCGGCAGCAGGCAUAUCAGUCCUCAGAGAUGAAUCUUCUGAACCCCCCACCGGUCUAAAGACACACCAGAGAGCUUCACACUGGCUGCCCGGACAUCAAGACAUUUACAUUUAAAGACAGCAAAGAAAUGUAACUGUCAAAUGUGUGAAUUGCCUCUCUGACUGACUGAUACUCCCUUGUCAGCCUGAUAUUAAAUGUAGCCUUGGAGGCAUUAUUUCACUGAGAUAUGUGUUCACCUGACUGACACAACAGUGUAAAAUAGGACAAAUGAUCAAAGAUACCUAAUUGCCAAAUCAUACAUUUGCAGUACAUUUAAUCCAAAGGCUUCUGCACACGCUGCUUCCACCACCACCUGAGCAGGAUGCACAUCCUCUCAGCACAAAGGCCAGAACCUGCCUGUGACACAGCUCCCAAUCCUUCAUGGAGUAAUACUGAUUACGAAAGGUGCUGAUCUCGCCCCCCCCCCCUGCAGUGUGCCCUUUAUACAAGUCCCAUUUUCAUCACAGCUAGACAAGCUAAAUCUACUGCAGCCAGAUAGUCCUGUGGAUUUCACAGCGUGCCUAGUCUACUCAACUUCCUGUUUCUAUUUGGCAGAGGCAGGCUCGGGUAAAAUGGCAUGAAAGUAGAGCAAUUGGUGCAACAGUCGUCAUCUUUGGCACUAGCGGCCUCAGUUACAAAUGAAAGGUGGUUUAGGCGGCCUUUUCAGUUGGCACACACAUCUGUAAGAAACCUAUAUGAGACGACUAACAAACCACAACCUGUCCAAAGUGUUUUAAACUGCGUGGGUUUCGAGCUAAAGUAAGCAUACAACUUGAUCAAAGAAAAAUGUAUUAUAAUGUAUGAGUUGUGUGAGAGUUUGUAAAUGGAUGUUUUUAGUUAGUUUUGCAGUUGUUUCGGACCCCCAUUUACUUACAUUAGUCAACACAUUCCUCUGUUACUUCUCCGUUAUUUCUUCAUACAUUCGAGGAUGCACAGGGUAAUAAAUGUAUAUAAAAAUGA